AUGGCACCUUGGCCCCAGCCCGACUCCUGCCUGCCUGCCAGUCCCCUGGGCAGCCCCCUGGGCCUGAUCUACCUGUCCCUUUGGCUCGUCCCUGCCACAGCUGGGACCUACUGUGACUGUAGCCUCGGCCUCAGCCGUGAGGCCCUCAUUGCCCUGAUCGUGGUGCUGGCGGGGGUCAGUGCCAGCUGCCUGUGUGCGCUCAUCAUCGUGGCCAUUGGAGUCCUGCGGGCCAAGGGUGAGACGUGUCCUGGGCGUAUAGACAGCAGGCUGGUGGGCCACUUCGGGGUCCAGGAGGACCGCAUGGACCUGCACACAGUGCACGUGGAGUCGCGCCUCAUGGACCCUGACAUGGAGGUGUCCGUGACGGCGCCGCUCGAGGACCAGGGCCUGCUAAGCAUGGACCCUUCCCUGGAGGAGCCGCCCCCGCCCCCGCCCCCUCAGUAG